AUGAUGAUCAACCCCAAAACCGCCUUCAUGGUUCCCUACCGGAUUUCAAAACCUUAUUCUCUCCGCUCCUUUCUUCUCAUCUGCCUUAUCGUAGGGAUAUUCCUUCACAUUCGCUCAUAUCUUUUCCAAGUUCUCUCGUCGGAGGCAGCAUACAUCUCAAAUACUGUCAAGGCAUCUCACCCAAUUGAAAAACUCAUCUUACAAAACUAUCGCAAACACCAGAAUUUCCUGAAUCGCCAGUCGAAAACACCCGAAGAGGCGAUCAAAGCUUACAAGAAACGAUAUCAACGCGACCCGCCAUCUGGAUUUUCGAAAUGGGUUCGUUACGCUUUGGCGCACAAUUCUACCGUUAUCGAUGACUACGACAUGAUUGAAGAACGGAUUGCUCCGUUCCGUUCAAUUUCUUCGUUCGAUCUUACUCGUCGGAUGAAAGCUUGGCAGGAAAGUGCCGAUGCAUUCGAAACCGUGAAGAUCCGUGAUGGAAAAUUUGUGGAUUGUGGGGAACAAUACAAAAAUAGCGUUGAAGAUAUCGUCGACCAACUUCCUGAUAUGGAUAUUCUUCUAAACUGGCUGGACGAACCACGAAUUGUCGGGUACGAUCACCUUCGCGAUAGCAAUAAAGUUACAAUGGAAGACUAUGCAUCGAAAGAUGCUUGGGAGAUACUUUCCGGAAAGUGUCACUUUUCUUCUCAAAAGAAGGCGAAGAGGGAUACAACUACAAAAGUUAAAUAUGUCGAAGACCCUAAGGAGGCAUUAGAUAUCUGUACACAUCCGGAAGCAUGGAAUCAGCACGGCUUCUUCAACUCUCCAUCAAACUUUAGAGCGACGAGGAAUGUUAUCCCAUUUUUCAGCACAACUAGUAUGAGCACCAUGGCCGAUUUGCUAACGCCCGGCCUCGACUACGUGGACUGGCAUUACAUCGGUGACACUAAAACCGUCGAUAGCACAAACUAUACCGCCAAGAAGUCGCAAAUGUACUGGAAGGGCUGGUCGACCGGGUCGUGGUUCAAAGAAACAUCAUGGAAAAGGAACCAUCGUGUUCGCUUUGUCGAAAAGUUUAGGGAUAGCUCAAUGUUCAAUAUCGGAUUUUCGAAGUAUGUCCAGUGUGAUGGGUACUGUGAGAAGCUUGAGGAGUUAGUAGGGUUGGUACCUAUCGACCCACCGACUACAGGAUUCGAAUACAAGUUCGCCAUGGAUUUGGAUGGGAACGGAUAUUCGGGAAGGUACUAUCGAUUGCUACUCAGCAACUGCCUAGUCUUCAAACAGACUAUGUUUGAACAGUGGCACGAUGAUAGACUGGUACCUUGGGUGCAUUAUGUCCCUGUUAGCUUGGGCAUGGAAGAGUUGGAGAGUGCGCUCGACUACUUUGCCCACGAUGCGAAGGGGUUAGGGUAUGGUGAGCAAAUUGCGAUGGGAGGGAAGGAGUGGGCGAAGAAGUCCUUGAGGCCGAUCGAUAUGACAAUAUAUACCUACCGGCUAUUGUUGGAGUAUGCGGCGCUAUUUGAAGGUGGUGCGGAGAGAAGAAUGGACUAG